AUGUCAGACGACCCUAUGGCUGACUUCCUCGCUCGCGAAAAGGCCGCUCUCGGGGACGACGCGGACCUCUUCUCUUCGGGCCAAGCACCGACCGCUCCUAGCGGUAUGGACUUUGCCGCUUUUGACGAACCGCAGUCCGCUCCUCCUGCGCCGGUACCGGCUCCCGGACCCAAGGGUAUUGAUGCCUUCCCCGACCUGGAUGACGCGCCGCGUGGGUCUUCCGAUGUCAGGGUGACAGGAGCGAGCGGGACGGAUGAUGUGGAGAGGGAGCAAUUCGAGAGUGCUUUCCCGGACCUCUCGGGAGAAGUUCCAUACGAAGCUCCCGCCAAACCAGUCUUCAACGCCCUCGCUCCCCAACCGUACGGAGCCUCACCCUACCCCGCCGCCCCCUCACCCGCCGGCGGUCGCUCCGGGUCAGUCCUCCCCGCGCCGAGGUUUAACAACACCUUGCCGGCCCAAGAGGAAGAUACCGAGCCGAUCAAGGCGUGGCGCGCCAAGCAGGCGGAAGAGAUCAAGGGGCGGGACGAGAAGGAUCGGAAGAGGAGGGAGGAGAUGAAAGAUAAGGCCGAGAAGGGGAUUGAUGCGUUUUAUGAGGAGUAUAAUCGGGUCAAGGAGAGGAAUAUCAGGGAGAACAAGGAGUCCGAAUCUGCCUUCCUGGAGAAGAUGACCGAGGGGAUCGCAAAAGGAACAGCAUGGGAGCGGGUCACCGAGAUGAUCAGCUUGGAGAAUUCGCAAUCCAAAACCAUCCGCCCGUCCGUUCCCGGCGGUUCCGACCUGCAGCGGAUGAAGGAGAUCCUCCUGGCGCUCAAGCGCGAAGGGGACAAGGCGCCCGACAAUCAAGGAGCGGAGGAACUCCCCUGGACGGACGGAGCGGGAAGGGCAGCUACGACUCGGACUUUGCUCGACACGGAAACCGAAACGCUGGCGCCCUUCUUCACUGAUCCCCAGCUCAAGAUUACCUAUGAGGACUCGAAGGUUUGCUACAAGGAGGAGGUCUCCGCUUCCGGAUCCGGAAUGACAUUGGACCAGUUGCGGACCUACGGUGAUCAGAACGCGGCGAGGGAAUUCGUCAGAGGAGUCGUGGUGUCCCUGCUACUGGCAGACACAGACCUGGCACAGGCCCGAUCUGACCCGACCUUGCAGGAUCUACGCACGGUCGUCAAGGCGCUACGUGACGAAGCUGCCAGAUCCGGCUGCAACAUUGCCAAAGUCGAAGCUCAUCUGACUGACGUCUCUGUUGGGACGCUGCUGCUGUACCUCAGGGCUGUCCAGCGACACCCCAAGCUCGCGUCGGGUAUGAGCAGCAUCGUCUUCAGCGAGACUGCAAAGACCAACCCUGAGUCCGUCCCAUCUGACCUGAUCUGGAGUGCAGACAUUGAUGAGAGGAUCUCAGACGUGGCGGGCCGGCUGGCGCCCACGGUGGGCCUCAUCGCUGACCGGAUCGAUAAUCCGCGGGCGCCAGGACCUUCCGGGAUUUACAAUACUUUCCGUGGUCUAUGA